AUGGCCAAUCAACAUAGUCGACCUACCCAGCGACGGAACCUCGGUUCUCCUUUCAAAUCACCAGAAGCCAUAGCGAAAAUGUCCAAGUCUCAGAACCUGAACAUGACUACCUCCUCAACACUACAGACUCCAGACAAUGUCAAGUCAGUCCAGUACGAAGCGAGUCCGACUCCCGUCAGACAUACCGCAGUUAAAUCACUAGCGCCCCUGUCUCAAUAUGAGGAAGUCCCUGUUGCUGAUCCGACCAAACAGACUGAUUCUCUCACAUGUCCUAUAUGUUCAGAGCAUAUGCUAACAUUAUCACAAUUGAACCAACAUAUCGAUGAUGCUCACCAGGAAAAAGAGAUGGAAACUGAUAGUUCCAAUGCUGCCAAUAAUCUCAGCAACGGCGGAACCUCAGUUGGGCGACUUUUAGGUACAAACGAUGUGAAACGGUGGUUUUCUGGAAAAUCUGAAAAUCAACGCAAGACUCCUCAAAAACGAAAAACUAUCUCUCUAGAUAUGCUCGAUGAUGAACGAGGAUUCAGUUUCUCCGACAAUGGUGAUGGAUUCCGCGAAUCGCCUGUCAGCUCGAGAGUAACAUCGCCGUUACCCAAUUCUGGAAACAGUCCCUAUUCAAAACACAAGCGCAUAACUCGUACUCACUGGAAGCAUCCUUCAACAACCCCUUUGUGUUCUAUACGGGAUUGUGGAAAGACUUUAAAUGUCAAGAAUGGCAUAGUAAAUUGCAGGAAAUGUGGGCUUCUCUUCUGCAAUGAACAUACUCAAUAUAGAGUCAAAUUGAAAAACUCCGAAGACGUCGAAAAAGAGCCGCCGGUUUACAACUCCACUUUCGAGGGAACAUGGUCUAAGUGCUGCUGUGACUGUUACUACUCAAAACCGGAUCUAGCGGUCGGAACACAGGUCAAUAGCCGUGACUUGACUAGCCAAUUCGCCAAAAAGAGGCAAGAACUCCUAGAUGACAAGCAGUUGGCCAGAGUCAAAGUGCAAAAGAGGUUCAUAAAGCUAGCUGACUUGCUUGCUGAAACUAGUUUCCAUGAGAGGAACGAAUCGAAAACGCUAUGGGGUGCCAUACAAAAGACUCUUAUCGACUCCAAGUCUGAAGCAGAGAAGGAAAUUAUUGGCUACGACAACUGGCAGAGUGACAAGGAGGCCACCAAUUGCACAAUUUGCUUCGUUCGCUUUAAUAUAGUCAUCAGAAGGCACCAUUGUAGAUUAUGUGGUAACAUUGUAUGUGAUGAUCCGUAUGGAGCUAGAAAGAGCUGUUCAAUUGUUGUACCUUUGUCAAAAUUAUUAGAGAAAUUACACAAUCUAAACUAUUCCCGGCUAGUCAAGGACAAUUUGAAAACGUUGUUGCAUGAAGACAGUAUCAAGUUUCGAUGCUGUGUUGAUUGCAAGAACUCCCUUCUCUACGACUGGAAAUUGCUUCAUCUCAGGACUCCCAAGCAGAACGAAACUGAAAUAUUCCUUAUCUACAACGCAAUAUUGGCUCAAAAGCAUCAAAUAAGCCAGCUUCUUCCGAAGUAUGCCAAGCAUAUAGAUACCACCUCUGAUGAAGAAGAAAGCUAUACCAACAGGUUGAGGAUAAAAAUCAUGACUUUCUUAAAAGAUUUCGAAAAUUUAACAACACAGUUUCGAGGAAGGUUUUUCAUACUGGAAAACAACAAGCUUCUUGUAAUAGACGACUUCGCAGCAGAUUCUAGGCUAAUCACUAAUAUUUAUCAGAGUUCGAUUAUGUUCCUCCAGGAUAACUUAAUAUGGUAUAAGCAACUUAACGACAAACACAAAGAAAUAGAGCAACAGAGAUUAAAGCAGUCCUUGGAAGAAAGGGCCAAGGAAGAAACACCAGAGGUGCCGAGACUAACCAAGAAACAGAUUAGAGAACUCAGAGAACAACUCAUGGUCAUGAAUGAGCAGAAGUUCCUCGUAGAAAAUAUGAUCAUGGAGUCUACAAAAGCAAGACGAUUUGAAGAACUAAGUUCGCUUGAACAGAACAAAAGGGAGUUAGACAUGACGAUAGAGAAUUUAGAAACUGAACUAGGAGAGUUUGGGUUCUGA